UAGCGGCAAUUGCAAAGCCCCAAUGCAUGCUUCUUAAAUCCUAAACUGUAUUUUACAUUUUUUUUUAAAAAGAAUAUAUUCUCUCUUUGCAGAUCUAAACAAAAAUUUCUGAAAUGCCUCAUAAAAUCAUUCCCAAAGUAACAAAACUAGCCGACAUUUUUGCUUAAAAAUAUCCCCUCACAUUAACCAUCUCCACUCUUCACUCUUCACUCCAAUAGCAUUGUAAUCUGGUAAAAAACUUUCUCCAUUUCUUCUUCUUCUUCAUUUUCUUUUUCGGGUUGAAAAAAUGACAAUGAAACUCACCCACAAAGAUAAAGAUUCAGAAAAAAUCAUCCACUUUUCUAUUAUUGCCUUGCCUAAGCUUAUGGUAUGGUUCAUACUUUUCAUAUCUGCCACUUAUGUUGUUUACACUCUUAAGCUCCUUUCUUCCCCUACACCUUGUAAUGACGAUACUUUCUUGACCCGCAGUAAAAAUAUUUUACCUGUUACAAAUACCUCAGUUCUUGAUAGUAAAACAAGAUUUUUACUACAAGAGAAGGAAGUGAAAAAAACUGGAUUAGAGCAUGUAGUUUUUGGAAUUGCAGCUUCAGCUAAGCUGUGGAACAAGAGGAAAGAAUAUAUUAAGCUAUGGUGGAAACCAGAGAAAAAAAUGAGAGGGAUUGUUUGGUUGGAUAAUUCAGUGAAAAUGGAGAAAAAUGAAAGUAGAUCAUUGCCGGAACUGAGAAUUUCAGGUAACACUUCACAUUUUGCCUACAAAAACAGGCAGGGACAUCGGUCAGCGAUACGAAUAUCGAGGAUAAUUUCGGAGACAUUGAGGUUAGGCAUGGAAAAUGUGAGGUGGUUUGUAAUGGGAGAUGAUGAUACUGUUUUUGUAACAGAUAAUUUGUUGAGGGUUUUGAAUAAGUAUGAUCAUAAUCAGUAUUAUUAUAUUGGGAGUUUGAGUGAGAGUCACUUACAGAAUAUUUAUUUUUCUUAUAGUAUGGCAUAUGGGGGUGGUGGUUUUGCUAUUAGUUAUCCCUUAGCUAAGGCUCUUGAUAAAAUGCAAGAUAGGUGUAUUCAAAGGUAUCCAGGACUUUAUGGUUCUGAUGAUAGAAUGCAAGCUUGUAUGGCGGAAUUGGGUGUCCCACUCACCAAAGAACUCGGUUUUCACCAGUACGAUGUGUACGGGAACUUAUUUGGACUACUAGCAUCACAUCCAGUAUCACCAUUGGUGUCAUUACACCAUCUUGAUGUGGUGGAGCCAAUCUUUCCCAAUGUCACUCGAGUGCAGGCUUUGAAGCAGCUUACAGUUCCAAUGAAACUCGACUCGGCUGGUAUUAUGCAACAAUCCAUUUGUUAUGACAUAGUCAACAGUUGGACUAUUUCAGUGUCAUGGGGAUUUGCAGUUCAAAUUUUUCGUGGAGUUCUUUCUCCCCGUGAAAUAGAAAUGCCAUCAAGGACUUUCUUAAAUUGGUAUAGAAGAGCAGAUUAUACUGCUUAUGCUUUUAACACACGUCCUGUUAUGCGCAACCCGUGUCAAAAGCCUUUUGUAUUUUACAUGUCAAGUGCUAAAAUGGAUUCUUACAGUAACAAAACUGUGAGUCAAUAUGCUCGUCAUCGAGUCUCUCAUCCACUAUGCAGAUGGAAAAUGGCAAACCCUGCUCAUGUUGAGAGAAUUCAGGUUUAUAAGAAGCCUGACCCCCAUCUAUGGAAUAGGUCACCCAGGAGGAAUUGUUGCAGAGUCAUAAGCUCAAAGAAGAGAAGUAUGGUGGUGGAUGUAGGUGUCUGUAGGGAAGAUGAAGUCAGUGAAGUAUGAUGAUGAAUAAUUUGUAUUGAUUGUCGCCUUUAUUUCUUCAUUUAUUGGAUUUAUGGGAUAUUUUCCAAGAAAAAUUUCUUGGAUCUUCCAAGUUCACUUAUAUGAGCUAAUUGUCUGUAUACUUUGACAUAUUCUUAAGUCAGGAUCAGUAUAGCAUAGUAUUCUGUAACUUUUAAAUUAUAUUAAUGCCUUUCUUGGGUUCCAAAAGUCAUUUUUAAAAGAUA